AUGUCCACUCGCGACGGACCAAACCCUCUCCGUCCCUACUAUAUCCCUCCGUCGAUUGGUCUUGACCAAGACUCCUCGUUCUCCUCGCCUCCCAAUGCGUCCUCGGCCCAGGUCUUCGGUGGCUCCGCGCGCGACCUGCUACCCGAUUUAGAUUAUUCCGACUACCUGGAUAGCUCGCCUUCGGUUUCUAGCUGGAUUCGGGAUGCGUUGGACAGUGCAAUAUGGCGCUACAUCAGUGUCUUGACCGCACAACCGUUCGACGUCGCAAAGACGAUACUGCAAGCAUAUGUCGUUCCCGGCGACUCUUCGGAGGGCCAAUUCCCAAAGGGCGACCGGCAGCGAUCGGAAAGAGGCAGCAGGACUGACUCCUACGAUGAUGUGGGCUCCGAUGAGGACGAAGAACAUGACCUGUCCUCCGAUGAUGAAAGCAGCUACUUCACCUCUGCAGCGCCGACAGUGUCAAGUCCGUCACGACGGAGCCGCAAAACUCCUCGUCGUCGGAUUACCGACCGUAGUGGCUACAUCGCGUUACCUUCGUCUUCAAAAUCCACUUCACGUCAUGCGCUGACCAUCAAGAACCCCUCAUCGCUGAUGGAGGUCCUCUCCCAACUCUGGACCACCAGCGGCCCGACGUCAUCGUGGAAGGCUACCAACGCGACGUUCAUUUACUCGCUGCUCCUUCCGACCCUGAAUACCUUCAUUCGCAGUCUGCUCUCCGCCAUUGUUGGGUUGCCCGAGGAUGACAUUACGCCGUCGAUGGCAAGCGAUAUUCUCACUUCCACCUCGCCAGUCGCAACUCUGGUCCUCUCGUUUAUCUCCUCCUCUCUUUCGGCCGUGCUGCUGGCCCCGAUUGACACCGCUCGCACAUAUCUUAUCCUCACUCCCGUCACACACGGCCCGCGGUCUCUUCUACGUGCCAUCCGCCAACUUCCCACACCCAACUACACCAUCCCGCCGCACCUGGUUCCGAUCACUAUCCUUCAUUCAAGUUUACCGAAUUUGAUCACAUACAGCACGCCGUUGUUCUUAAAAACAUACUUUUCCCUGGACCCGGUCCUGCAUCCAUCCACCUGGAACUUGUUCACGUUUAUCGGUUCCGGCAUAGAACUCGCCAUCCGCUUUCCUCUUGAAACUGUCCUCCGCCGCGCGCAGAUCGCCACAUUCACAUCCCCCAGCAUCCGGCAGAAAUCCGCCGGUCCUCUUCAUACUACAACAGCAGACGCGGCAGCCGAAGCCGCCGAAGUUGAAACCAUCGUCCCGACACCGCAAACCUACCGCGGCGUUAUUGGAACCAUGUGGAGCAUCGUCUACGAGGAAGGCGUGCAACCUGCCCCCGAAGCAGAGCGCGCCCAUGAACUACUCGGCAAACCCGUCCAACACCGCAAACGCCAAGGCCAGGGCAUUCACGGCCUCUAUCGGGGUUGGAGAAUGGGCAUGUGGGGAAUUGCCGGAUACUGGGGAACCAGUCUUCUUGGAAACAUGGCGGGGAGCACAGAUGAUGGUUCUAUGCCCAGCGGUGGUCGAUUUUGA